AAGUCCUUCUCUCCUCUAUCCUCAGCCCUUUCGCUGUCUUCUCGUCCAUCCCAUAUGUGGCCCCUCUUCCUCCACCCUCUCUCACUCCCUGGUUUUCCCUCUAACAAAAUUGGUAUUUCCUCAGCCAGCAGAAUACCAGUGCAAGUCAUUCUCUUGUCCUCCCCACUCGUUGCAUGAACAGUUGUUUAUGUUGAUCAGCCCCGUCCUUCCGGACCCCCAGUCACCCAAAGACCUGACGCGACCACUAUGCCUCUGUCGCAACACGCUCAUUUUCUUGAACCUGCUGUUGUCAACAUCGGGCUGGCCUGAUCUCACAUCGCGUUACAGGACUGCAUAUAUCACCAACUGCAACCUCCUCCACUCGUUGUCGGUCAAUCCCUUCCUUGUCGUGUCAGAACACUAGUCUUUCUCUCCAAAUUCCGAGUCCUGUCCAUCAUCCCCCAAAAGCGUCAACUAGGUCGUGACAAGAGGUCAUCUCCUCACCCAGUUGCAAUAUGGGUGGUAAAAAAAAUAAGUCUUUCGAGGCUGACAAAGCUCAACGCCUGUCUCUUGCUGAGCUGGCUGCCCACGACGAUGUCUGCUCAGAUGUCCUCAUUGAUAAUGCGUACUACAAAGCGCGUAUACGAAAGAACCGGGCCAAGCAUUUCCCCAUUCGUGGUAUCAAGGAGGAAGAGGUUCCCAAAAUUCUCCUCCAGAAGGUCAUUGUCGACAAAGACCUCGCCGGCGCGGAAAAGGCCUUGCUUGCACUCCCCGGAUUGAGAAGAUACAAGAAAAGUUUACGCACCAAAAUUGAAAAGGAACGCUUUCUCUCGCAUCUUCGCAAAUACAUAGCGCUGUACAGCACCGACUGUGCUUGGGAGGUUUCCACCACAAAUCGGUAUACUAUCGUCACAUACGAGGCUGCCGUCACAGCUCGACGGAGGAUCAAGCAGGGGGACAAAGUCAAAUACCUCAUUGGAACGCUCGUCCCCCUGACGACCGAGGAGUCCGCUGACCUGGAUAUGACAAAUCGCAACUUCAGCAUUGUUGUCUCCAGCCGCAAGAAGAACUCAUCCAUUUUCCUCGGACCUGCUCGCUUCGCCAAUCAUGACUGCGAUGCAAAUGGUCGCUUAGUCACAACGGGGCCGGAUGGCAUGGAAGUUGUCGCCAUGAAAAAUAUCGAGGUCGGCGACGAGAUCACCGUGUCAUAUGGAGACGAUUACUUUGGGCCAAACAAUAUUGAUUGCCUGUGUCACACCUGUGAAAUCUUGGAGCGAAAUGGGUGGACUCCAACGAACCCUGCACUAGAGCCUGGAAGCCAACUCUCUACCCCUGGCCCGGCCAGUAGAUCUGCUUCAAAGACGCGCAACCUGAAGCGAAAGUACGAUCCUGAAUCAACACCUUCGUCCUUGUCUUCCGGACCCGCCAAGAAGAUACAGAAAUCUACCCAGUCUCCGUCCAAAUUGCAGCAGUCUUGGACCCCCCCUGCGGGCCCGGAUGCAGAUGUUGCAGACAAUGCAGAUAUGAGCGCCAGUGCUGAAUUACAAAUGCCACCGAUCGUAGCUGCUCAGCCCACCAAGUCGCAACCGGCUCUAUCACCACCUCAUAGUCCAUCUCGGUCUGAGGAGAUUGACGUCCGCCCCUCUCAUUGCUUCUCCGCUUCUGCCCUUCCAGAAGGACUCGGUCAGAUAACUCCCGUUGAGGAAAAACCGAUAGAUCCUCCCAAGCCGUCAGACAGUGCCCGCGAAAGCAAGAUGGCAGCCCGACUAUUGGGCAAGACCUCAAGAUCUCCGUUGUCGCCUGCGCCUACUUCUCCUUCAAGCCUCGAUUCUGUUCUUGGGGCUAAUCGAACCGACCCGGAAUCCCAGGACCAGGAAAGCCACGUGACGAUCAAAGUUGAGUCCGUCGAAACAACCAAGGUUGAGACAGAUGAAGAUACUAUCAUCAUUGGGCAGAAUGAGCCGCAGGAGCCUCCAUCCAUUGCGAACAAUAUGAUCAGCGAACAAUCGACUCUCCCAGAGCUUGUCACGGAAACAGCUGGACAAGAAGUUGUAAUUCCACAUGUGGUCUCAACCCUGACAACAACUACCGUCACCAGAGACGUCCACGGACCGGGAUUUUCUACUUCGCCUGGUGAGAAUCAAGUACUGCCAUCUAUAGAACAGAACAGCACAUCCGCAACCGUUGCGUCGUUGACCGUUCAUCCAGUCACCGGCACAAUUCGCAUUGCCGGCGAUUACAUCCUGACACGAAAGCUUCUUGCGCAACCCCACGAUCGCUGGGUAGAAUGUCACAACACCAAAUGCUACGGAUUCUUCAUUCAACCCAACGGGUACCAAACCCGACGAGAAUGUCCACGAUGUGAACGCCACAGUAUGCUGUACGGAUUUCCAUGGCCCAAAACGGACCCCGACCCCCGAAAAUUGCUUGAACGCAAGACGCAAAGUAAAAAGCGAGAUGCACCAGCGGUAGAAUACAGUGCAUAUCGAAGGCAUGGCCGAACCGGUAAAGGAACUUGGGUUGAAGGUGGAGGUGACGAGGAAGAACGAGUGAUGGAUCACCGAACCAUCCAUAGAUUCGUCCUUCCAGAAGAGGAGCGGGAUCUGACACGCAAGGGACUGUUGCAAGCUGCAGAAAAGGCCAGAGAAGCGGGCGACAGGGUGUUGGCUCGGUUGGAGGCUCGUUUACGAGCUGGGUCACGUGGCCAGGGCACUGAAAGUUCGGCACGAGAUGCGAGUGAGAGCAAUGGAUCUGCCACGCCCGAUGAUGCAAGACGAAGAAGUAACCGGUUUGUUACGCGUCCAGUGGGUGUUUAUACAGAUCGAGGUUGAUCAGGGUGGCACCCUGAUAUCGACGAGGUGUAGUACAUGAGGCAUGUCACACAUUGCAUGGGCAUGGGACGAGGCGUUGGGACCACAUGAUUCGGGUAUUAUUAGGCAUCGAUUAUUCAUGGCUGACUGGGAUACGGCGGCAUUCCUGAGACGACAACAUGGAAUGCCAGUAAUGUUAGUAAUGCUUGAACCGCUCCAUAGAGCAGGAAUAUGCUUGUAUGUACUACCAAUAUUUGCCCUGGUAGAAGGCUGAUCUAUCAGACUGACUGACAAG